UCGGGGGCGGAGGAAGCACCCGUCCCGCCCCGUGCUCUGCCUGCCGGGGCCGCCCGGCCCCGCCGCACUCGCCGCGGAGACCGAGGGGAGCGGAGCCGCAGCCCCCAGCGCCAUUGCCGCCCUCAGCCCGCCAUGGCAGGAGCCGUUGAUGGGAAGGACACACUGAUGUCCCAGCUGGAUUACUGAGCUCCUCAGUGACUCCUGGAGCUGCUGCUGCUGGAAUAAAGAGCUGUCCUUCCUUCUUGGCCUGUCCCAGAGGCACCUCGUGGGUGCUGCAUGCAGGUCCUGGACGUGCUGGACACCAUGGGGAUCGGCAAGAACACCACGUCCAAGUCGGUGGAGGCAGGAGGAGGCUCCACGGAGGGCAAAUACGAGGAUGAGUCCAAGCACCCCACCUUCUUCACCCUGCCUGUUGUUAUAAACGGCGGGGCCACGUCCAGCGGCGAGCAGGACACGGAGGACACGGAGCUGAUGGCCAUCUACACCACAGAGAAUGGCAUAGCAGAGAAGAGCUCCCUGGCAGAGACCCUGGACAGCACUGGCAGUUUGGAUGCCCAGAGGACUGACAUGAUUUACACCAUUGAAGAUGUUCCUCCCUGGUACCUCUGCAUCUUCCUGGGCUUGCAGCACUACCUGACGUGUUUCAGCGGGACCAUCGCCGUGCCCUUCCUGCUGGCCGAUGCCAUGUGCGUGGGCUUCGACCAGUGGGCCACCAGCCAGCUCAUCGGGACCAUCUUCUUCUGCGUGGGCAUCACCACCCUGCUGCAGACCACCUUCGGCUGCAGGUUACCCCUGUUCCAAGCCAGCGCUUUUGCAUUCUUAGCACCUGCCAGAGCAAUUCUCUCUCUGGAGAAGUGGAAGUGCAAUAACACAGAUGUAACAGUUGCAAACGGAACAGCAGAGCUGCUGCACACGGAGCACAUCUGGUACCCGCGGAUACGAGAGAUCCAAGGUGCCAUCAUCAUGUCCUCGCUGAUCGAGGUGGUGAUCGGGCUGCUGGGGCUGCCCGGGGCCCUGCUGCGCUACAUCGGGCCCCUGACCAUCACCCCCACCGUGGCCCUCAUCGGCCUCUCGGGCUUCCAGGCUGCUGGGGAGAGAGCUGGCAAGCACUGGGGCAUCGCCAUGCUGACUAUUUUCCUAGUAUUGUUGUUCUCCCAGUAUGCCAGAAAUGUCAAAUUUCCCUUGCCCAUUUAUAAAUCCAAGAAAGGAUGGACAGCAUACAGGCUGCAGCUGUUCAAGAUGUUCCCUAUCAUCCUGGCCAUCCUGGUGUCCUGGCUGCUGUGCUUCAUCUUCACGGUGACAGACGUGUUCCCCCCGGACAGCUCCAAGUACGGCUUCUACGCGCGCACGGACGCGCGCCGCGGCGUGCUGCUGGUGGCCCCCUGGUUCAAGGUGCCCUACCCCUUCCAGUGGGGGCUGCCCACGGUGUCGGCGGCGGGCGUGAUCGGCAUGCUGAGCGCCGUGGUGGCCAGCAUCAUCGAGUCCAUCGGCGACUACUACGCCUGUGCCAGGCUCUCCUGUGCUCCUCCUCCUCCCAUCCACGCCAUCAACAGGGGGAUUUUCAUCGAGGGCCUCUCCUGUGUUCUGGAUGGAGUGUUUGGGACAGGGAAUGGAUCCACCUCCUCCAGCCCCAACAUUGGGGUCCUGGGCAUCACAAAGGUUGGCAGCCGCAGGGUGAUCCAGUAUGGAGCUGCCUUCAUGCUGCUGCUGGGCAUGGUGGGCAAGUUCAGCGCGCUCUUCGCAUCGCUGCCCGACCCCGUGCUGGGGGCUCUCUUCUGCACCCUCUUUGGGAUGAUCACGGCCGUGGGUCUGUCCAACCUGCAGUUCAUCGAUCUGAAUUCCUCUCGGAAUCUCUUCGUGCUGGGAUUCUCCAUCUUCUUUGGGCUCGUGCUGCCCAGCUAUCUCAAACAGAACCCCCUGGUCACAGGAAUUGCAGGCAUUGAUCAGGUGCUGAACGUCCUGCUCACCACGGCCAUGUUCGUCGGGGGCUGCGUGGCCUUUGUCCUGGACAACACCAUCCCAGGAAGCCCCGAAGAAAGGGGAAUUCGCAAGUGGAAGAAAGGGGUUGCCAAAGGAAGCAAAUCCCUGGAUGGCAUGGAGACCUACGAUCUGCCUUUUGGCAUGAACUUCAUUAAAAAGUACAGGUGUUUCAGCUUCCUGCCCGUCAGCCCCACCUUCGUGGGGUACACGUGGAAAGGCUUCAGGAAAAGCAGCAGCUGCAGGAGUUCAGACGAAGACUCAGAAGCUACAGUAUAGCCUUAGCUGAAAUUCUAUUCCCUAGUUGUAGUCAAAGAUGUAUUUGCAGUUUCUUGCUGAUUAAGAAGCAUUAAAAUAUAUGUUUUGUAUAUCUGCAUUUAAAUUCUGGAACCAGAGCUGAGACGGAUUUAAAAAAAGAAAAAAAAAUUUAAAAAAAAAAAAAGCUUUUCCUGCUGUGGGUGGUGGGAGCCAGGUCUAGUGUCUCUGGGGCAAAUCCUGCUGAUUUUAGGAAGUUGGAGAGAGCUGUGCACCUGAUUCUGUUGGGUUUUAAUAGGUUUAGGUGGAGGUGUGGAGGUGCUGCUGCAGAUUUUUCAUUUUUAUGGUGAUUUUAUUGGAGCCCUCAGCGUUGGUUACGCCAGGAAAGCUGAACCUUGGAGAAGGAGGAGGGGAAAAAGAGAGAGAAAAGGAGAACUGUUCCUUCUGACCAUGUCAGAUCCUGUGGGUGCUGCUGUGCUGCUCAGUGAUUUGCACAUUCCAUGUUCUCAGAGCCCUGGAAACGGGCUCAGCUGAUGCUGCCAAACCAGGAGAGCUCCAUUCUGAGCAGCCCCUGGUUUCAGUGGCACAUCAGUGCUCAGCCAGGAAGUUUCUGGAAUAACUCUGCCUCUGGGAGCCUCGGCUGGCUGCAGCAGCCCCUUCUUCUCCUGGCAGCAUUUCUCAUUUUGCUUCUCCCCACCAGGAUUUCCUCUCACCCAGACCUGGGCAGUGCCAGGGAUGGCAAAGCUGAGCUCACCCAGGACCUGCAGGCAGCCUUUGGGCUCAGUGCCUGUCCAGCAGGACGCUUCCUGCCCAGAAAUACUAAUCAGCUGAGCAGCUCCAAUUAACAAUUAACAGUUGUUCCCUGCAGGGACAGCCACGCUCGGGUCUCAGCAGGAUUUUUUUUUUUUUUGCUGAUGGCUCUUCUCCUCUUGUGGGGCUUCUCCAGAGGCUGGGGAGGGUUUGGGCCAGCAGAGACACUGCACCUGCAGCCUCACCCAGCCAUGGGUUCACGGGUAUCGGGUCCAAUCAGGGCACCACUCAAAUCUCUUUUUUUGUGUUCCUGGAAUAGUCUCAGCUCUGCCGUUACGUGGGUGUUCACGCUCAUCAUGCAUUCAUGAUUAACAGUUUUAUUCCUGUUUAAUGUUCUUACUAUUGCAAGUUAGUUUUAGACUUCAGUGUGGCCCCAAAAAGCAUUUUCAGCUGUGGAGAUCAUCAGGGAAAUGUUGUGUAAUGUAACUUCAAGGCCAGUAAUGCUCUCGGUGCUUGCGUUUUGUAUUCCUGGAAAACCAUACCAGUAGAUCCUGUGACCCCCUGAUCUAUUUAUCCAAGUUUGACUACUGGACAGGAGCACAGGAGCUCUUGUUUUCUCUGAGUCUGCUCCCAGGGGAAUUUGUUCUGGGUUCUUGAAGCAUGGACGGGUUGGGGUGGGGAGGGCAAGGACGGAGCUUGGCGGAUCAGUGCUGAGUAGUGUAGAGUGGGAAUGGCCCCGUGCAGGUCGUUCCCAGCAUGCCAUGGCUGUUUCCAGAAACUGUUUUACCCCGCUUUUCCCGUGUCCAAGCAUGCCUUUGUUCCUGCUUCCUUCGGGGAACUUUCAGUAGUUUGCAGCCUUGGGGUCGCUCGGACUCGGAGCUGCUCGGAGGAGUCGUUGUGUUUGGUUUGCCCGUGAAACAAAAAGUCUUUUUUUUUGCUCAUUUUUCGGUGUUUCCUCCCCCGGGGGAGUGAGGUGUUGGGUUCCCCUGCCUGCCUGCACACGGUUUGGGUGUGGGAGCUCUGCUUCCACGUUCCCCAGCUGUCUGUGCCAGGCGUGGAGGGGUUAAAAACGCCCCAAAAGCACCUCGGGGGCUCUGCAGCCCGAGGGCUUCUGCUGGUGGCAGAUGCCACAGCUGGUAAUCCUGCAAAAGCGGAGAAAGGGAGGAAAAGCUUUUCAUUUCCAGCUGCAGAGGGAGGAGGGGAUGAGCAGAGUUUGUCUCACCCUGCUGAGUUCCCACCGGGCAUUCCCAAGGCACUCCAAGCCCCAGGGCAGCAAAUCCGGGAUCAAUUCUCCCUCCUCCCUGGAAUAAACUCCCCCACAGCACUCUCCAGGCAGGUGCAGCCCAGUUUCCUGUUGGAUUUAAUUCUUUCUGUGGUUUGUGCCCAUUUUUUGGGUCACUUUGGGGCAGGGGGACAAGCCCCCCUUCUCCCAGGGCGAGUGCUCCAAGCUGAGCCCUGGGCGUGCAGGAGGAGCUGGGGUUGGGAAGUUGGAGGUGAAUUUUGGGAAGAGGAGCUGCCCUGUCCCCUCCUGGAGCCCCCCGGGGGGAGGAGAGCAGGGAUUUUCUUUUUUGGGGGGAGAAAAAUCCCUGAGUUCACCCCGGGUUUGUGCAGGAGCAGGGGCCACUCUGGACCUUCAGUCCUUCCUUUCUCCUGUCGCUUGGCCAAGUGGCUGCUGUGAAAUUCCAGAUUCCAGGGGUGGGGUGCCCCUGCCAGGGGUGGAGAGGAUGAGGUGCAGGUUUGGGGAGCACUAAAAUCCCAUAUUCCAGGGAUUUGGGUGCCCCUGCCAGGGGUGGAGAGGAUGAGGCUGCACGUUUGGGGAGAAUGAAACCCAAAUUGUGAUAAUUAAACCCAAAUUGUGAGAAUUAAACCCAAAUUGUGAGAAUUAAACCCAAAUUGUGAGAAUUAAACCCAAAUUGUGAGAAUUAAACCCAGAUUGUGAGAAUUUAACCCAAAUUGUGAGAAUUAAACCCAGAUUGUGAGAAUUAAACCCAAAUUGUGAGAAUUAAACCCAGGUUGUGUGUGCUGGGGACGUCCAGGUGCAAACCUGCCAGUGCCAUGCUGGAUUUUCCUCCCUGUCCUCCCCUGCCUUUCCAAGCACCCAGGGAAGUUGGCAGCUGAGAGGUGAGUGAAGAGGUGAUGAGAAAUUCCAACCAGAUUUGGAGAGGGAAGGGCAAAUAUUCAUGGUAGAAAUCUCAUUUUGUCAUAUCAGAGGUGGCAUCAGUGUGUACAAACAAAAGUAACUUGGGAUUUUUGUAAUUGAUCUUCUCUUGUAUUUUUUUUUAGGUUCGACUAAGGGUUCUUGCUGACAUGUUGAAACACGUUUUCUAAAGCAAAUACUUGCAAAUGAUGCCUAUAGAAAUUUAGGUUUCGUAGCUGCCAGCUAUGAGUGAUUAAUGUUGUCAUAUUGGAGGGACUUAGCUCAGAAAGCUCGACCUUUUCAACCCCAAAUUUGCUUUUAUUGCCUUUUAAUACUGACUUGAAAUAUGACAACUUGGUUUGUACAUGAAUAUUGCAGUAUUUUAUUUCCAUAUAUUAAGAAAAUAACAUUUCCGCUCAGGAGGAGCCUUUUCCUGGGAGGGAGUGGUAUGAGUGUCAUGACAAUGUCAUGUGAUGGUAGAAUUUCUUCAUUGACGAAUCUAUAGUGGUUGUGUAUACUUUAUUUACCCAUCCUUGUGUUCCUACCCAAAACUGGAGGCUUUUGUUGUUCCCUCCCCGCUGAGCCCUCCAGGCUCCCGGGGGAGGGGGGGGGGGCAGAAUUGGAGAAAACCCCUCAGCGAGUCAUUCACACCCCAAAAAAAAGCGCAAACCCUGGGAUUUUGGGUGCGAGCAGGGCUGGGUGUGCUGCUCUGGCCGAGCCCUGCACGAGCUGACACCAGCACCACCCUCACCUCCGCUCUCCGUGGCCUUCUCCAGCCAAAAUCAGCUUUUUCUCCCCUUUUUUCUCCCCUUUUUUCUCCCUUUUUCUCCCCUUUUUCCAAGCGGGGCCGGGGGGUCACUCAUUUCUCGCAGCAGAGCCCCAGGGCUGGGUGCAGUUUGUGUUCUGGGGGUCCCAGGCUGGCAGAGCCCCCCGGGGGGCUCUGUGCCCUGGGCACUCCCCUGUGCCAGCCCCAGCAAUUCCUGUGUUUGUCUGUUCGGAACAACCUCUGGUGUAACAAACUAUUGACUGUUCUUGGGCGGUGGGGAUAAAUUUCCUUUUUUUUUCCAUGACUUUUCGUGACUGACUUUGGCUGUAAAACUUUUUUUGUUCAACAGCAAAAGUUUAUUUUGGGGUUUUUUUUUGUUUUUUUUGGUUUUUUUGUUUUUUUUUUUUUUAGUUCUUCUUCCAAGAUGUGUAAUUCUUUUAUAGAUUUUUUUUAAUUCUUCUUUUUUUUUUUCUAACAUUGCUUCAUUAAACAACUAAAUAUUUAAAAAAAUGUAAUAUUUGGACCAGAUGUUGUGAAUAAUAGUAGAUAAAGCUAUUUUAUUCUGUAUUUUUAAAGCUGUUCAGUAUAAAUAAACGCGGGCAUAGAUGCA